AUGGAUGACGCGCCUGCAGGAUAUUCAUCUGCAUCGAGGAGUCGGCUGUCUCGGGCGCCUUCCUCUCGUGAGGAGGAGAUACGUGAGGAUGGGGAGGAGGUGGGACUUGAGGAGGAGGAGGAGAUACCCGAUGUUCACCCUGAGCACGACGAGGAUGAUGCGGAGGAGGAGGGCUACCCGGGAGGGCCUGCAGACACAUCUGAGUUGAUUUACUAUCAUGACCAUAUCGCUCGACGAGUUUGGGAGGGCGAGGAACGGGCGACCAUAAAAUCCAUGAACCAUGCGCGAAAAAUAUUUGAUCUGUUUAAACCACAGGCUCAAUGGUUUAAUGACGUUGUAGCUGGGAGCGGGCUUGGUGGGUUUUGCAUGACUGGGUACACUCGAUAG